AUGGUUCGUGAAGCUUGUACGAGGUGUAAACGUCCAUCUCGUGUCUGCUAUUGCGCGUGGCUACCGGAUGAAAGAAUGACCACGAAGACGACACAUGUGUUGAUGCUUCAGCACAAGCACGAGGAACGACGACGUGCUGCGAUCUCGUCCGUGCCAGUUCUGACACAGACACUGGAAAGUGUUACGCUCAUUAUCGUUGACGACGACUGUGACUGUGGCCCUGGCAUGAAUGAGGAGCUUGAUGUCUUGCUAUAUGGUGGAGGCGACAGCGAGUUUGACGCAGCGAUGAUUUUGUUUCCUGAUGAACAUGCUCAAGCACUAGGAGCGACAAGUUGGUGGGUAGAGAAUAUUGAGAAACCGAAGCGAGUGUUGCUGCUUGUCAUUGAUGGUACGUGGAAGGAGGCCAAGAAGAUUGCACGACGUAACAAAGAGCAUUGGAAACAAGCUGCUAGAGAUUGGGAGGCACGAGGGGCGAGUCUCCAGUACAUUUGCCUAGACAACAAGGAGAGUGGUGAUGUAGCUAUUGCUCCAUCGAAGCAGAGUAUCUACGAACCGAUGGAGGGCUGUAUGUCGACGCUGGAAGCGGUGGCGUCGGCGUUGGUCGUGCUGGAGCCGAAAGAGUCUCAUCAGGUCGUCCAUGACUCGCUGUUGCAUGCUUUUGAAGGAAUGGUGUCUAUCCAGAAGCAGUUCCAACAGCGGGGUCAAGUGAUCAAGCUGGAACAGUACGGAGGUAUCUUGAAAGCCGAAGCUAUCGAGACCAAACGACUGGAGCUGCAACGUCAGCAGCUUCCAAAGAAAAUCGAUAUCGUUACUACUGACAAGAAGAUGUCGACACCUGUCCGACGCGAGUACGUCUUCUAUACGAGCGAGACGGAUUUCCGACACCGUCAGCAGCUCACCCAGCAGGUAAAGCACGACCUUGUCAUUCCAUUCUUGCAUGUGUUUGAGCAUCAUUAA